AUGGGAGUAAGGAGCUUAAUUGAUAAAGAUCUGAUCAGGAGAAUAGGAAAUGGGAGGAGUACCAGUGUUUGGGAUCAUAAAUGGAUACCAAGGUCAAGCACAGGUAAACCAACUUCUAGUAGACCUAUUAACUAUGAGCUGAAGAUGGUGAAUGAACUAAUCUGUCACAAAAGGGAUGAUACUGAGAGGAUUCUAAGUAUUCUUAUAAGCUUGAUAGGGAGGGAAGACAGUUAUUUUUGGCAACCACAGGCAGGAGGAACUGAUACAGUCAGCUCAGGCUAUAACAUCCUAAUGGAGGAAAACAGUAGUGCAAGGAAAUGCAAAACUAAUGAAGCUGGCACAAGUUACACAGAUGAGAGCCAACAAGAAGAAAUGGAGAACUCUAAGAGAAGGAAGAGCACAGAAGAAACAACAUACAUGCAUGUACAGCAAAGUCAGGGCCAAGAAGCUGAAGGAACCAUAGUCUUGGAAGUGGCAACGACUACGCAGAAAGGACAGACCUCACUUGGUAUCAGUGUCACCGCUAGGAUAACUCCAAACACUAGAAUUGCAGAAUGGGCUUUGAAAGAGAGAAGUUUAGGGAACAAAGUCCAGGAUGACGCAGUGGCAAUCAAACUGAUUGCCCGUUUGACAGAUCUAAUGGCCAAAUAUGCUGGCGAGAAAUUUGCCAAUAACAAUGUUGGUUUCUUUUCAAUUGGUCCAAGUAGCUCUGCUAAUCCUGAGGCUAUGAUCGCAUCCAGAGAAUGGCAACAAAAUGUUACUAAAGAGACGGUUGUUGAGGAAGAAUUAAUCAGGCCAUUAUCUGGACAGACUAUCAUUGAUAAGACAACAGCUACUAUGCUUGUGAAUUUAGCGACGGAGGAACUUAUUAGGAUGGCUGAAAUUGAAUAUCCUUUAUGGAUUCCAAUCAUUGAUGAUAAGAGCUAUCUGCUAAAUCAAGGUGCUUACUAUGAUAUGUUCACCAGAGGAGUUUGGCAAAAAAUAGCUGGAUUUAAUGUUGAAGCAUCCAAGGGAACCGAUAUGGUCAAGAUAAAUCAUGUGAAUCUAGUGAAGAUUUUCAUGGAUACGGAUAAAUGGUUAGCUGUAUUCGCUAACAUUGUUUCAAGGGCUUUAGUUGUAGAGGUGAUAUCAGAAAGGUCUGAGUCCGGAAGCUGCAAUGGAACUUUGCUAAUGAUGACAGCUGAAUAUCAAGCCCUCACACCAACUAUUCCAACUCGGGAGAGCUUAUUCCUAAGAUGUUGUAAACAACUAGGUGAAGGUACAAGGGGGAUUGUUGAUGUUUCUUUUAACAAUUCUUUCUCUCCAGGACCAUUAGGAAAGUGCCAGAGAAGACCAUCCGGUUGUAUAAUUCAAGGGCUACCAAAUAAUUGCUCCAAGGUUAUAUGGAUUGAACAUGUACAAGUGCAAGCUGAAAGUAUUCAGUAUUUAGGAAAGCCCUUUGUUGAGUCAGGUUUUGCAUUUGGAGCUCCUCGAUGGAUUUCAACAUUGACUAGACAAUGUGAACAUCUUGCAACUGCAAUGCAGAUGAAUUUCUCUCCUUAUAAUGAUUCUGUGGUUAUAAGUCCAAAAGGAAGAAAGAACAUCCUAAAGCUAUCUGAAAAGAUAAUGCUUGAUUUUAAUGGCGGUGUAACUUCCUCAACUGCAUAUGCGUGGUCGAAUCUAAUUGAAAAUGAGAAUGAUCAAAUAAGGAUUAUGAUAAAAAAGAGUGGAAAUGAUCCCAGAAAGUCUUCAGGAAUUACCUUAAGUGCUACAACUUCCAUAGGGCUUUCGAUAUCUGAAAAGUUAGUGUUCGACUACCUUCGUGACACUGGUACUCGAACUCAUUGGGAUAUUCUCUUUGAUGGUGGAAAUAUCCAAGAAAUGAUGCAGAUAACUAGUGAUAAUGAAUCCGGUAGCUGUGUCUCCUUAUUACAGGGUGCAAAUACCAGCCUGGAUAGAGUGCUAUUAUUACAAGAGUGUAGUACUCACCCAACCGGCUCUUAUAUAAUUUACGCUUCUGUUGAUCACCAUUUGAUACAUUUGCUAUUGGCUGGUGGAGACUCUGAUGAUUUAGCACUCAUUCCUUUUGGAUUUACUAUAUAUCCUAAUUGGUCUACGCCUGCAUUACUUCUUGGUGGAGUUGCUGGAAAUGUUGGAUGUAUUCUAACCAUUUCUUUCCAAAUUUUUGUUAAUUCUGUUCCAUCAAUAUCCGUCUUUAACAAGCUCAUGGAGUACACAUCUCAGAAGAUUAGAAUUGCUUUGACUCCUCCUAGUACCUGA